AAUCACAGCGCUUACAAGCUGCAAAACGUCAAAUUUGACACUUCUUCGUGACAUGUGCGUUUGACAUUCCCAUGCAUUUUUUAAAAAAGUAUCCAAAAAUUGUUAAAUUUACAUGUUUGGCUACAGUUUCAUUCGGCGCAGGAUGGUUAUAUUAUCAGGUAAAAACGACCAAAAAAAUCCUCAGCAAUGCCUUAGACACAUCAAUUUUAUCAAUAAUCGAGCCAACAGCCGUGGAAAAAUCCAAAGAUGAUGACUUUUUCGUCAUUGAUAUAACUGGGGACCCGAACCGGCAAGAAACCUAUUUACAAAAAUGGACCGCUUUGAAGUUUUCAUUCGCUAAAAGAUUGCUUGUUCUUGCAAGUAGUGAAAAUCGGUUUCUUCGGAAAAGGGCUGUGAGACAGUUGGCUAGGAUUAAAAAAUUGGAAAGCUGGCAAUACUCGCAACUCGCUGAUAUGAUUGAUGCCAGGACUGCGGUAGGGCUGGCUAGGACACCCGAUGUUGAGCCUAGAUUAUUCAACAACCCGCCCUUAAGAUUUCUCGGUCAUACGCACGACAUGAUUGUCGAUGUGAUGAAAGAUUUUUUAGUCAAUUUACACGCGAUGUCUCAACACCCUUGUAUGGGUUAUUUCAUCUCUAAGGCAUUUCUCGACUUGCAUGAAGUUGAGAAAUUCGGUGAUGACAUAACUCCCUACGAGUUGAAAAACUUCAUUCAAACCAGUGAAGAACUCCUACCGACGUGUCUAGAGUCACUUUUACACCACGCCAGUUUAGGGAAAUACGCCAAAGAUAUUGCCGAACUCAACGGUCUUCCACUUUUAAUGGAAAUUCACAACCGGUUCAAAGACAACCUUUCUGUCACCGCAACUAUUUGUCGGAUUAUUUCGUAUCUUUCAAUGCACAGAAAUCUCCUUGACGAAAUGUAUAAAUCGGGUUGGGUCGGGCUUUUGGCCCAGUGGGUCAAACACGACGACGUCCGAAUAUCAAUCCCUGCAUCUAAAGCACUUGCAAAUUUAGACUGUGAUGAAGACCCUGUUUACCUACAAAGACUCUACCCUUUGCAUCCUUCAACCCGUAUUGUACAAACCCCGAAAGUUGACGUCGUUUUUAUCCAUGGUUUACUGGGGGGUGUAUUUUUUACGUGGAGGCAGAGACAACGCAACCAGGAUCCGUUGGGGUUCCUUGGUAAGAAGGGCGCCCCAGAAAGUCUGACACAGAACAACUCAACUUGUAUCAAUAAACAAUGCACCGAAAAGAGAAACAAAAUCCAAAGAAUAAGCGAUCCUCAAAUGAGGGAAUUUCUGGAAGAGUUUGAAACGCACACAGCUUAUGGUUGCCUUUGCAACGAUUAUGACUUUGUUUGGGAGGACAUACCGGUCAAUACAAAUGAGACUGCCACAGGGCCGUACUGUUGUUCUGGCUUUAAAUACGUCUGUAUGGAAAAAAGUGAGGAUGAAUGUUACACCAAUUGCUGGCCUAGAGACUGGUUAGCGCAAGAUUGUGAUCGUUUGAGAAUCAUUGGGGUAAAUUAUGAGACAAAUCUAUCGUUGUGGACACCCAUAUGUCCAGUAGAGAAAGUCAAGACUUUGGAAGAGCGAAGCGACGAGUUGAUUGAACAGUUGGAGAGGGUUGAAGUUGGGAAAAGACCCAUCGUGUGGGUGACACACUCAAUGGGUGGUUUAAUGGUCAAGUGUCUCCUAAAUAAAGCUUCCGAAAAUGGCAAUAAACGAAUCAGAGAUUUGUACACAAACACUCGAGGGAUAAUUUUCUAUAGCACGCCUCAUUUAGGAUCAAGUGUUGCUAGUUUCAGCCAGGCUUCAGCCCUUGUGAUUUGGCCAAGUAUUGAAGUCCAGGAGUUACAAAAACAUUCGCCACAAUUGGUGCAAAUACACCAAAAAUUCCUGAGACUUAUCAAAAAUCAUCCAAUGAAAAUUGUGACUUUUGUGGAGACCAAACCUACGGUAGUUUCAGCAAUGAAAUUUAAAUUUUUAGUGGUUGAACCCGACUCUGGCAAUCCGGGGUAUGGGGAAUACUAUGAGAUACCUUUAGACCAUUUGGGAAUUUGCAAACCGGCAAGCAGACAUUCGUUUCUAUACCAAAAAGUGCUUCACAUGAUCACGUCCAUUUUGGAGGAAAGUGGGCCAGUGUAAAGACUGAUGUAAAUAGUACGUUUAGAAUAAAAAUAUUAAACAGC